AUGGAUUUUGGAGAUAAAAGUUGGAUGAAUCUCCGAAGAUCCACCAAUGAAUAUAUUCAUGAAGUUAAUGAUUUUCUUGAUAAAGCAUUUGAACGAGCUUCGCAAGGAAAUGAAAUAUUGUGUCCUUGUAAGAAGUGCUUUAAUCGUAAUUGGCAUUGUCAAAAUAUGGUAGAGGAUCAUUUGAUUUGUCAUGGAUUUGUUCAUGGAUACACCAAAUGGGUUUUUCAUGGAGAAGGAUUUUCCCCAAGAAAUACGCCACAUCCAACCAAUGAAGAAGAAACUUCUAACAUGCAUGACGACAUUGAUAGAUUACUUCAUGAUACUUUUAGAAAUGUAGUAGAUGAUCAGAGACAUGAAGGAGUGAGAGAGGUCCACCUGAAGAUGCAAAGAGAUUUUUUUAAAUUAGUGGAGGAAGGGAAAGAAGAGUUGUAUUCGGAGUAUUUGUUGGACUUGAUUAGAGAGGCAUUUCCAUUUGCUCAGAUACCCGACUCGUUUUACAAGGCAAAAAAGGUCAUAAAAGAGUUGGGUCUUCAUUAUGAGAAAAUACAUGCUUGCACUAAUGAUUGCAUGUUAUUUUGGAAUGACAGUGCAAAGUUAGAUAAUUGUUCUGUGUGUGGAGCUUCAAGAUGGAAGAGUGUUCGUAAUGACUUAAAUAAUAAUGUUACGAAAAUUCCAGUGAAGGUUUUAAGGUACUUUUCUUUAAAGCCUAGGCUUCAGAGGAUAUUCAUGUGUUCUGAAACAUUUGUAGCUAUGAGAUGGCAUGAUACUGAACGACUUAGAGAUGGAAAUUUAAGACAUCCUGCAGAUGGUGAAGCUUGGAAGGAUUUUGAUUCAUUGCAUCCUGACUUUGCUAAUGAUGCUCGUAAUGUUAGAUUGGGUCUUUCAAGUGAUGGUUUCAAUCCAUUCAGAACUAUGAGCAUUUCCCAUAGCACAUGGCCAGUUAUGUUAAUGAACUAUAAUUUAUCACCAUGGACUUGCAUGAAGUUGGAGAAUAUUAUGUUGUCAAUCAUUAUUCCAGGUCCAUCGUCUCCGAGAAAUGAUAUAGAUGUAUACUUGCAACCACUGAUUGCGGAGUUGAAGGAACUAUGGGAAGUGGGAGUUGAAACAUAUGAUGAUGUAACUAAUCAAACAUUUCUAAUGCGUGCAGCUUUAUAG